AUGUCGAGGUCGAGAACGUGCAGCUUAAGUUUAAGGUCCGAUGAUUCGAAGUGGAGGUGGGGGCGGAGGUCGAGAAGUUGCAGCUUAAAAAGUUUACCAGAAGAGUUGGUGGAAGAGAUCUUGGCAUGGCUUCCAGUAAAAUCAUUAGUUCGUUUCAAGUGCGUUAAAAAGUCAUGGUCAGCUCUUUUCCAAACCCCAACUUUCAUUGCCAAACACCUUCGUUACAGUCAGUCUAAAACUAAAAACCAUCCAAAUCCAACUCUUCUUGUCCAGCUCCUUAGCCGAAGAAGCCUUAUUUCAAAAUACCUCCUGCAAUCUCAUCAUCACGACGAGGCCAAUGACCACCGAAGUGUUUAUCAUGAUCACCUCCUGCAAUAUCAUCAUGAUGUUGGUUCUGUUUCUGAAGAAGAUGAUUAUGUUUCUGAACAAGAAGGACGACUACCUUUUGUGGACUACUUUCAGGGGGAGAACAUGAUGAGUGGCUUGUUCACAGAUGGACUACUAUUCCCCAACAUGUUUGCUUGCAUCAACGGCAUUAUUUGUAUUGGCGGUCUAUUCAAUUGCUACCCCUCCUUUCAUGGCUUUGUUUUAUGGAAUCCGGCGAUCAGAGAAAGUAAAACCGUUGCCUAUCCCUUGACCCUACCUCCUGAUUUUGUUCAAGCAAAAAAAUCGUUUUCCUUUUUUGCCUUUGGUUAUGAUCAAAUUUCAAAUGACUACAAGGUGGUUAGAGUAGACAGAUACACUAUGAAAUCUGCAAUCACAAGCUACUACAAUUCUUUUUAUGUUUACUCCCUAAGGGCUGAUUCCUGGACCCAAAUAUUUAGCAACCCUUUUCAUCAUUCAAACGUUAGGGUGGAUUCUCGUCAUGAUGAAAUAUACUUUAAUGGAGUUCAUCAUUGGCUUGGUUUCCCCAACGAAGAACCCAGGGAGAGAUAUAAUAGUCACAUAAUUAUAUCCUUUGACAUGAGCCAUGAGGUUUUUCAAAUAAUAAGGUUUCCAGAGUUUUCAACAAGAAAAAGCGAAAGUCUUGCUGUAUUCAAUGAUUGCCUUGCUUGUACUCUUUAUGGUAUCACUGAAUGCAUUGAUAUUGAUAUAUGGGUGAUGCGUGAAUAUGGGGUCGAGGAUUCUUGGACCAAACAGCUUGUUGUAAAUUCCCCUGUACCAAUUACAUGUCCAGUACGAUUUUACGGGAAUGGAGAAUUACUUCUGUUUGAUAAAAAUUGGGCAAUGGUUUUGUAUAACAUUGGUUCUCAAGAAAUUAGGAUUCUUCAAUGCACAGGCCAUCCAAACACAUCCCUGCCAAUGCAACUUAUCGAUUACGUGGAGAGUCUUGUUUCAUUCACAGGUGGAAUUGUGUUUUAG